CACACAAGAGUGAACAGAGUUUUGAGUGUCGUAUCUGCAAGAAAACAUUCACACAACGAAAAAGUUUCAAACGUCACUGGAGAUUACAUUCAAGAGAUGGAUUUUUGUUGUGCAACACUUGUGGCAGAGAAAUUAGUCAGUCACAAGGAGAAGGACAAGGACAAGCUAAUGAGAUACUGAGUUGUGGUACAUUCUACCAAUGUGAUGUCUGUAAGGAAUUGGAAGCAAGAGAAGCAACUGGUAUUGGCUAUAUCUGUUGUGUCUGCGAUGCUGAAUUUGACAUUGCCACUGAACUUGAAGAUCAUAUGAGUAUGCAUGACAAUAUGCUGCCCCAGGCAAGAUAA